AGUGGAUUCCCAACCUUAGUAAAAAUAUUAGUAUUUUUUCGGCCAACGUAAAAACAUUAGGAUUUGCAUGCAAUAUUUAAUGACAAUUAUAAUUAUUAUUUUAAUAAAAAAAUACUAAAAUCAUUUUGGUUCACAUCACGAGUGGCUAUUAAGCCAGCAACAAGAAGGUUCCGGUCAGCGUCAAGCAGACCCUCCUUGGAAGGUUUCUGUUCAAUCCCGUCGUCAUUCUGUGUACACGCUUUUCUAUGGAUACAGCUAUUCACAGCACACAACAAAGUCAUCUUCCUCAAUCUCCCCCUUCUCGUGUAAGCCUCCUCUGAAGUUUUCAUUCUUUUGCUUUCCCCUUCCCAUUUCCUCGACUAUUUCUUCCCCUCGUUGCAAAUCUCUAUAACCAAGUUCCAAGGCAGCUCAAAACUCUCUACUCCACCUCUGCAUAUGUAUUGUAGUUCUCUUCAUCAGACUUCGCUCUCACAAGAAAGAAUAAAGUGUCAUUUUUUCCCACUCGCUUCUUCCUCUCUGCAUCUUUCUGCGCAAGUCUGGUGUCGUUGAGGGAUAAAAAUCCUACAUUUAGGGAAGAGAUGGUCCAAUAUCUUCGGCACCAUCAGCUUAGGAAAGGAGGGGAAUCCAUAAAAGACGACGUGUCCCAAAAUGAAAAUCUCGACCCUGGCUAUUGCAAGAGAACCAGGUCCAGGUUGUUCUCUCUCUUCUUUCUCACUCUGCUCUCUUGCUGCUUCGUGUUAGCACCUUCCUUCAUCGGCUUCUCCUUCAAUCUGCCCCACCUGUACCCUCUUGGGACGGAAAAUGACCAGGCCAUGUUCGGGUUGUGCUCUUCAGUUUCCAGUGGAACUAUAUGUUGUGAUAGGACUGGUUACCGUUCUGAUAUCUGCAUGAUAAAAGGGGAUGUAAGAACACACUCUUCCUCUUCGUCAAUCUUCCUUUACAAUUCCAUCAGCCUCAAUAUGACUAAUGUGUCAAGAAGAGCCGCAAGCGGUAAACAGGACAAUGAUCGGGUACUCCAGCACGAAAAGAUCAAGCCAUAUACUCGAAAAUGGGAAGCAAGUGUCAUGGACACCAUUGAUGAACUUAACAUCAUUUCGAAGAGAGUGAGUUUGGGUACUGAUAAUCAUAGUUGCGAUGUCCAUCAUGAUGUUCCUGCCUUGUUCUUCUCUACUGGAGGCUAUACCGGCAAUGUUUAUCACGAAUUCAAUGACGGAAUCAUACCUUUGUUCAUCACUUCUCAGCAUUUUAACAAACAGGUUGUGUUCGUCAUCCUGGAAUACCACAGUUGGUGGAUCAUGAAGUAUGGAGACAUCCUUUCUCAUCUAUCAGCCUUUCCUGCCAUUGAUUUUAAUGCAGACAACCGAACCCAUUGCUUCCCUGAAGCCAUUGUUGGUCUGAGAAUCCAUGAUGAGCUUACCGUGGAUUCUAGCUUGAUGAAAGAUAACAAGAGCAUCGUUGAUUUUCGAAACCUUCUGGAUCGAGCUUACUGGCCUCGGAUCAAGGGCUUGAUUCAAGACGAGGCAAAGGAAGCACAAGAUGGAUUAUUCCCUGUAUUAACAGAAAAUCAAGGGAACAAACCUAAGUUGACUAUUCUAUCAAGAACAGGAUCAAGAAUGAUAACCAAUGAGAAUUUGCUGGCGAAGAUAGCAGGUGAAAUUGGGUUUAAAGUUGAAGUUUUAAAGCCAGGCAGAACGACAGAAUUGGCAAAGAUUUAUAGAGCACUUAAUGCAAGUCAGGUCAUGAUUGGGGUACAUGGUGCAGCUAUGACGCACUUCCUGUUCAUGAGGCCCAGUUCUGUGUUCAUUCAAGUUAUUCCUCUGGGAACUUCAUGGGCAGCAGAAACAUAUUACGGUGAGCCUGCAAAAAAGCUUGGAUUAAAAUAUAUUGGGUAUAGAAUUCACGCCAAAGAAAGCUCUUUGUAUAGAAGGUAUGAUAGAGAUGAUCCUGUUUUAAGAGAACCAGAAAGCAUUAACAAGAAGGGGUGGGAAUACACUAAGAAGAUCUAUCUUGAUAGCCAAAAUGUUACGUUGGAUCUCAAAAGAUUCCAGAAAAGGUUACGUCGUGCUUAUGAAUACAGUGUUUCGAAAUUAAAGAUGCAUCUAUCUCAAUAAACUUCAUUUGUUUCA